AGAGGAAGCCUAUGGCCUUUGUAAAUGAAAAGGUCCCCCAGCACUGGCAGGCUCCAGGGAGCCUGUGGUUUUACAUGUGCUGGGUGGGCUGUGGGGGGGAGUGCUGAUGGAACACAGCUUGGGGACAGACUGCUUUCUGUCUCUGAAUUGGAGUAACUUCAUGGCUUCCCCUUCCCUUGCCCUGUCUCCCAUGAAAGUCCUGAACUGCUCUGAAGUCCCUCCCUCCCCCCAACUGGUCCUGGGUCGGGUAAUUGAGGCCAGGGGGAGCUGAAGGGGUGUAAACCGGAUAUGGACUUUGGUUUAUUGGGAACUUUGGCAAACAGAAGGAGGAGGAAGGAGAGCCCACAUAGCAAAAACAGCUACUGUGGCCAGGGCCAGGCUGCGGCCAAGGUAGGGAGGCGGAGGGGAUGGGUGACCGGGUCCUUGGCUUGGGGGAGGGACUUUUCCUGGGGUGCACACACCCAUCCCUGUGCAGCCCAGAGGGUCAGCGGCUUAGGAGAAAACCAGACCUUUCCAUUGACCUCUGUAUUGGCCUGGGGCUACUCUGGACGAACAGGAGCGGGUGGCGCUACCUUAUCUGGGGCGUGCAGGCGGGUGGUAACCUUCCCUUAGCCACCCCCCCCCCGCCCCCAACCCGUCCCCCACGGUCCCAGGGCCGGAGGGCCGCUGUCCCGUUUCCUCUCCCAACCCCGGCGUCGUGCCUCCCCCAGCCACCCCCACCCCCAGACAGGUUUGCUCACUCUCAGUGCGGGAGGACACACGGCCGCCUCGCACCCCGUCCGCUUCGGAAUGAGCCUCCGGGCGGUGCACUGGGAGUCGAGGGAGAGGAGGGCCUGCGGCCGGAGGCGGGGCAGCGAAGCCGCCGCAGCUCAGUCGACUUGGGGCUGCUGAGCUCUUGGUCCCAGCCAGCCUCACCCGCUCCGGAGCCCCCCGAACCUCCAGAUUCCGCUGGUCCCGGCCCCGCAAAGAGCCCACCGCCUAGCUGCCCAGAACCCCUCGAGGGCACGUGGACCGGGGGAGCCCCCCCGAAGGCUGCAGACUCAGCGCGUCCAGAACUAGCAGUCUCCGCAGGAGGCCCGGGGUCCCGGGAACCGCCGCGGGUCCCCGAAGCCGCGGCUCGGGAGCGGCAGCGGGAGCAGGAGGAAAAAGAGGAUACGGAGACCCAGGCAGUGGCAACGUCCCCGGACGGCCGAUACCUCAAGUUUGACAUCGAAAUUGGACGUGGCUCUUUCAAGACGGUGUAUCGAGGGCUGGACACCGACACCACAGUGGAGGUGGCCUGGUGUGAGCUGCAGACUCGGAAACUCUCUCGAACGGAGCGGCAGCGAUUCUCUGAGGAAGUGGAGAUGCUCAAGGGGCUGCAGCACCCCAACAUCGUCCGCUUCUACGAUUCGUGGAAGUCGGUGCUGAGGGGCCAGGUUUGCAUCGUUCUGGUCACCGAACUCAUGACCUCCGGCACGCUCAAGACAUACCUGAGGCGGUUCCGUGAGAUGAAGCCGAGAGUGCUUCAGCGCUGGAGCCGCCAGAUCCUUCGAGGGCUUCAUUUCCUGCACACCCGGGUACCCCCCAUUCUGCACCGGGAUCUCAAGUGCGACAACGUCUUUAUCACGGGCCCCUCAGGGUCGGUCAAGAUCGGGGACCUGGGUCUGGCCACGCUCAAGCGCGCCUCCUUUGCCAAGAGCGUGAUAGGGACCCCGGAGUUCAUGGCCCCGGAGAUGUACGAGGAAAAGUAUGAUGAGGCGGUGGACGUGUACGCCUUUGGCAUGUGCAUGCUGGAGAUGGCUACCUCAGAGUACCCUUACUCCGAGUGCCAGAAUGCCGCGCAAAUCUACCGCAAGGUCACUUCGGGCACAAAGCCGAACAGCUUCUAUAAGGUGAAGAUGCCCGAGGUGAAGGAGAUCAUUGAAGGCUGCAUCCGCACAGAUAAGAACGAGAGGUUCACCAUCCAGGACCUCCUGGCUCACGCCUUCUUCCGAGAGGAGCGGGGCGUGCACGUGGAGCUGGCGGAGGAGGACGACGGUGAGAAGCCGGGUCUCAAGCUCUGGCUGCGCAUGGAGGACGCGCGGCGCGGGGGGCGCCCGCGGGACAACCAGGCCAUAGAGUUCCUAUUCCAGCUGGGCCGGGACGCCGCAGAGGAGGUGGCACAGGAGAUGGUGGCCCUGGGUCUAGUCUGUGAGGCUGACUACCAACCAGUGGCCCGCGCGGUACGUGAACGAGUUGCUGCCAUCCAGCGGAAGCGUGAAAAGCUGCGCAAAGCUAGGGAGUUGGAAGCCCUCCCCCCUGCACCGGGUCCCCCACCAGCAGCUGUUCCCAAGACUCCUGGUCCCCCAAGUGGCUUCCCCCCUGAGCCCGAGGAGCCAGAGGCAGACCAGCACCAGCCUUUCCUCUUCCGCCAUGCCAGCUACUCAUCUACCACCUCGGAUUGCGAGACUGAUGGCUACCUCAGCUCCUCCGGCUUCCUGGAUGCCUCAGACCCUGCCUUUCAGCCCCCUGGGGGGGUGCCAUCCAGCCCCGCUGAGUCCCAUCUCUGCCUGCCCUCGGCUUUUGCCCUAUCCAUUCCACGUUCUGGCCCUGGCAGUGACUUUUCCCCAGGAGACAGUUAUGCCUCAGAUGCAGCAUCCGGCCUUAGUGAUGUGGGAGAAGGGAUGGGACGCAUGAGGAGACCCCCAGGGAGAAAUCUCCGGCGCAGACCCCGAUCCCGGCUUCGGGUCACUAGUGUCUCAGACCAGAAUGACAGAGUGGUUGAGUGCCAGCUACAGACGCACAACAGCAAGAUGGUGACCUUCCGAUUUGAUCUGGAUGGGGACAGCCCAGAAGAGAUUGCAGCUGCCAUGGUGUAUAAUGAGUUCAUUCUGCCCUCGGAGCGAGCCGGCUUCCUGAGCCGUAUUCGGGAGAUUAUCCAGCGAGUGGAGACCCUGUUGAAGAGAGAUACUGGCCCUGUGGAGGCUGCUGAGGAUGCCCUGGGCCCCCAGGUGGAGCCAGCACCAUUGCCUGCCCUCUCCGGCCCCCUCCCAGACCCAUCCCGUGAGCUCCAGAGCAGUCCGUCCCUGGAGCAGAGUUGCUGGGCAGCCUUCUCCACAUCGCCAUCUUCUCCUGGAACCCCCUUGUCUCCUGGAAACCCGUUUUCCCCCGGAACCCCUGUCUCCCCAAGUCCCAUUUUCCCCAUCACUUCUCCCCCAUGUUGCCCCAGCCCUGCCCCAUUCUCCCAAGCCUCUUCAAAUCUCUCUCCACAACCCCCCAGCUCCCCCCUGGCAUUCUCCCCCAGUGCCGCCCAGUUCCCCAGCCCUGCCUCUCCGUCUCCCCUGAGCUGCCUCCUCACUUCUCCACCUGCCUUGUCUCCCAGUUGUUCUCAGGUCACCCUUACUCCUCCUUCCUGUCCCCCCUGCCCCUCCACUUCCCCCCUGCCCUCCACCACAGCAGCCCCUCUCCUCUCUCUGGCUAGUGCCUUCUCACUGGCUGUGAUGACCGUGGCCCAGUCCCUGCUGUCUCCCUCACCUGGGCUCCCAUCCCAGUCUCCGCCAGCCCCUCCUGCACCCCUCUCUAGCCUGCCCCUGCCCCCCGCCCCUCCCCCUUGUGGCCAGGACAGGCCUUCACCCCCAACAGCUGAGACCGAGAGUGAGGUCCAGCCUAAUCCUGCUCGGCCACUCCCGGGUGAGGCCAGACUGGCGCCCAUCUCUGAAGAGGGCAAGCCGCAGCUUGUGGGGCGUUUCCAGGUGACUUCAUCCAAGGAACCAGCGGAGCCUCUGCCCCUGCAACCAGCACUCCCAGCCCUCUCCAGUCCCCUGAAGCCUCCAACUCCUCAGCUGGCCUCGGAGAGCUCAGACACAGAGGACAGUGGCGGAGGCGGGCCAGAAGCCCGGGAGGCUCUGGCCGAGAGUGACCGUGCAGCUGAAGGCCUAGUGGCUGGAGCUGAGGAGGAAGGGAACGAUGGGAAGGAACCCCGAGUGGGGGGCAGCCCCCCACCCCAGAGCCAUCCCAGCCCAGUGUGGAUGAACUACUCAUACAGCAGCCUGUGUCUGAGCAGUGAGGAGUCAGAGAGCAGUGGGGAGGACGAGGAAUUCUGGGCGCAGCUGCAGAGUCUGCGGCAGAAGCACUUGUCGGAGGUGGAGGCACUACAGACACUACAGAAAAAGGAAAUUGAGGACUUGUACAGCCGGCUUGGGAAGCAGCCCCCGCCGGGUAUCGUGGCCCCAGCUGCUAUGCUGUCCAGCCGCCAGCGCCGCCUCUCCAAGGGCAGCUUCCCCACCUCCCGCCGCAACAGCCUGCAGCGCUCCGAGCCCCCAGGCCCUGGCAUCAUGCGAAGGAACUCCCUGAGUGGCAGCAGCACCGGCUCCCAGGAGCAGCGGGCAAGCAAGGGGGUGACAUUCGCCGGGGAUGUUGGCAGGAUGGGCCCAUGAUGGAGCUCGUGCUCUCAGAAUCUGCCGACCAUCACAACUCCGCAAGAAGACCCCAGUACUGAGGAAGUAGAAGGCCUAAGGGGCAUGGAGUGCUGCUCCAUUAGAGGGAAGAGCCAAACACAUGGGAACGAUUUACUGUGUGUGUCAAUUCUGCAGCCUGCCAUCCUCAUUCCUCCACCUCCCCAGCCAAGGGUCAACCACUAAGCAAUCCCACUCAAGCCCUGAAGCUUCUAGAGGGCACACUCCCAGCUGAACAGGUGUAGGAGGGGUACUCACAUAGAAUUAGCAACAGCCAAUAAAAAUGCUGAAAACUAGGAA